UGGUUGCCCUCUUCUGGACAUGUUCCAGCUUGUCAGUAUCCUUCUUGAACUGUGGUGCCCAGAACUGGACACAGUACUCCAGGUGAGGUCUGACCAGAGGCUAGGGGUACCGGAAAACAGAUAAUACUCAAUUUCCCUGUAAAUAAGGUCAGCGGGAAGGCACGAUGUCUCAACAGGGCACAAGGUAUACAGAUAAAAAUGGGUGCGUCAAAAUACCUGCCAGUGGCUUUCGUCACAUAAACGGGGAGGGGGCCGUGUGACUUUUCCUCUCUGGACAGUGCCAUUCCUGUUUGCCUUGCAAUGGAACUUGCACACCCUCCGACAUUUCUCCGGUGAAAAUAGGGACAUCCUUUUCCACAUCAGAAAGCUUCUCCCAUGCACAGAGGCCAUCAACACAUCAACAUCGGUCACCUUGAGCAAAUUGCAACCUUUCCGCCAUGGGCAACACCUUCCACAGAUAAAUGGAAUGGAAUUAAAUAAAACACUAACAGGCAGCAAGCUGCCAUGUCAUGGAAAAAAAGGUGGGACGUUAAUAUUAAUAUUAUGGAAACUCUGAGAAUGAUCAGGGACAUACCAGAGAGUAAAUCCUAUUGAACUCAGUAGGACUUAGUUCUGAGUAAAAAUGCGUAGGAUUGCGGUGUGAGGCUGCCCAGGCUUGGCCCAAUCACCUGGGAGUCAGCUCCAUUGAAUACAGUGGGACUUAUUUCUGAGUAGACAAUGCCAAGCUCCAUUUGCAAUAAAGGAAUCAGCAUUCCAUGCAUUUCCUAAGAAACAGAAACAUUGCAAUGAAAUAAUUUAAGGUGGAUGGGUGAUUUUUUUCCCCUUCAAAAUUAUAGGAAUGGCUUCAUAUGCCAGCUUCAUCGUCCCCUUCAUUUGGUGCAGGGAUUUUAUUUUCAGGAUAAACAGGGCUCCGUUUUUGCCCCUACACAGACAAGCGCCACUUUUAAUUGUUCUCCGAGACGUGGAGGAAAAUGUACAUUCAGGGAUCAAAUCGGAAUCUGGGAUGGCUCUUGUAAUUUCCGGACUGUCCCUGGAAAAUCGGGACACUUGGAGAAUAUCAAUUUAGGCAGAAUGGUCUCUGCCCCAAGGAAGUUCCCCAGCUGAGAGAUGGUUCUCUGUCCUGUCCUGUCCCUCUUAUUAUUUUCCUUUCGCUGUUUCCCCUGGUCUGGGGAUUUUUGAAAAGGCCUCAUUCCUGGCAUUUCGAGGGGAAGAGGCAGGGAGUGCUGUUUUCUAAGGGCCCUUCAUCUCCGCAAGGGGAGCUAAUUUUAGAACGUGUGAUUGAUUGAUGCUGCCCAGCCGAGAAGCAGCAGCCUCUGAAAGCGCUCCAAAGUGGCAGGAAAUGGUCCCAGAGACUGUUUUGGAGCAUGCCAUCCCCGGUUUGUGCUGGUGUCCCAAACACGUCCGCUGUCCUGACUCAUGCAAGCAUGCAAGGCGUACUUUAAACACACACACACACACGUAUUAAUUCACGUCUGUGUUCUCUGCACUAAACUAAAAACACUCCACCCUUUGGCCACAUUAAAAUAGCUGCUGGACUCUUGAUUUGCGUCUCCGACGCUUGUGGAAGAAAGCAACAACAAGCCGAACAUCUGCAGCCAUUUGGGAUGAGCAAGCAAUUCAGCCAAGGCAGAAGCUGCAGAGCUGGACUUGUGGGUGUUACGGUGGGGUGGGGUGGGGUUUGCUGUUGAGGAAACUCGCAUGGUCCUUGGGGCAGGAAUGAAGCUGUGCUCCGAAAGGCAGGCGUCUAGGACACGAGCCAAUGCAGAGAUGCUGCUGCUGCCAGAGGAGGGAAAGAAGAAUGUGUGCUGAUCCCAGGCAGGUUCGCAUUGCCUUGUCAGAAACUUCGGGAGGGUCCAGCAGAAGAAAAUGGCCCAGCCCGCACACCUGAAUCAAAAUCUCCCAGAUCUUGGGGGACCUUUCUUGUACCGCGACCAGGAGGAGGAGGAGGAGGAUGGAGACAAGGCGUCCUACUCGCUGGAGACCCCCUAUGGCUUCCUGCUGGAUCUCGACUUCCUCAAGUACGUCGACGAUAUCGAGAAAGGCCAAAGCUUCCGGAAGCUUCUGCCGCAGCGCAAGUCUAAGGGGGCCAAGCAGGCCCCAAACUCUUCCCGGAGCCAAACCAGCGGCUGGAUCUCCACAGAGUCUCUUUCGUCGACCACCAGCGCAGAUCGGAAAUCAGCCUUCUCCCCACGCCACAGGCUGUGGGCUAGUUCCUCCGACAUCAAGGAGCCCGUGAGCAAACAGGCCUCACUCCCCGCGUCUCCAUCUCCCAUCAUCCAUCUCCUGCCUCCUCCUCCUCCCAAAUCGCUGACGAGGAACACGCGCGUGGAAGAAACCUUGCAGGAGACGAGCAAGCGGUUGGAAGAAGAACAGCUGGGUCUGCUGGCAAGGGGGCUCUCUGCCACCAUCGGGGUGCCAGGUAGCCCUGCUAGGGUUGUGUCUCCUCAAGAUCACUCUCUGACGGGGGAAAGCCUUCCAGGCUCCGUAAAGUUAAGCCCCUCCAAUUCAGGAAGGAGCACUCCAGCCACGGCCGUCGGUCCUGCGCACCUCCAACAUGUCCGUGAGCAGAUGGCAACAGCCCUCAAGCAGCUGAAGGAGCUGGAGGAGCAAGUGAAGAUCAUCCCCGUUCUAGAAAAGGAGGUUUGCAGGUUGAAGGAGGAAAAGGAGCAGCUUCUGGCCGGGCUGUGGGAGAAGCUGGAGAUGGACGGAGGCGAGACUUGUGUCUUCAACUUCCCCCCCAAGUCUCCGAAUGCAGGGGCUCCCGACGUGGGCAAGGAAGGCUCUCGGGUCAGUGCUGAGGUCGAAAACGACGGCGAACCUUCGAAAGCAAGGACAAGUAAAAUCACCGAGUUGAAGAGACUGACGGAGAAACUGUCCGGUUCGGAGAGAGCCAGGAAGACGAGCAGAGGAGCAGUUCACCCUUCCAAAACCGGAGAGCCCACGUGCCAAUCUGUUGGCGUCGGAGAGGAGGUGGACAUGAACGAGGCGGUCUUCUACUACCGGUGCCAUAAGCCGAGCCGAGAGGUGGCUGUUGGCCGAGAACCUGACACCAAGGACGCAGAGGUGUGGGUCAUGGAGUCCUUACUCGGGGUUUCGUCGGAGGCUGAGAAGGAAAUCCAGCUGCUUCAGGAGACUGUCCAGCAUCAACGAGAGGUCAUCUCCAUGUUGGAGGGACACCUGCAGGAGGCCAGUGAUGAGCUCGAGGAGCUGAGGGUGGAAGUGUGUUCAAGGUUGCCAAAGGGUUUGACCAGCAAGGAGACGAUGGCCCGGCCGCUGACAGUGGAGGCGAGCGUGGAAGCUGCUCCAGCCACGCAGUGCCAAGCCGUGGGCAGCCACAUAGAAAUGGCAGACAAGUCCGUCCACUGCUGCCCGCAAGUGACCAGUGUCGGAGUUGGCUGCAGCCCGCAAUCUCCAGAUCUUGCCCCUGUGCAAUGUGGGGGUAAAGCUGCCCAGAUUAUUCCUGAGGCAGUAAGCAAAGCCCCGAGGGAGGACGGCAGAUCUGCUCCGGCAGAGCCGGACCGAGGCACCGCUGCAGACGCGUCUGUGCCGGAAGAUGCAAAACCCGGAAAGCUGCCGGGCCAUGAGGAAUGCAGAGUUUCUGAAGCGUCCCUGCAAACAGAGAGUUUGGCUAUUGAUCUGGACUUGCUCCCUCAUUCCGUGACGAGGGACCAGGAGGAUGUGUGUGCGCAAAGGGAGUCCGGGGAAAAUUCCACAGGUGCUGGAGCCCUCAAAUCCAUCAUGAAGAAGCGAGGCAGCCCUGCCAAGACGGAGGCAGGUAGUGGGAAGAAGAGCCUCCAGUUUGUGGGCUUUCUGAAUGGCGAGUACGAGAGCACCUCGAGUGAGGAGGAGGAGGAGGAAGAAGAGGAGGAGGAGAGGUCCCCCAGGAAGGGCUCGCCACUUGGCUUCGGCAGUGACACUCCCAGCACCACCGACGACGACGACGACUUGCCUCCCCAUGUGGACAGCAGCGGCAGCGAUUCAGAGACUCCCAUUUCGGGGGCAACCCAGGAGGAAGCAACACUGAGCCGCGAUCUGGAGGAAGCCGAAGAUGCAAACAGCUCGGGAGAAGCUCCCCUGGAAGUGAAGGAGAAGUUUGAGCUGAGUCCCCGGCUGAGGGACGCUUGUCUCCUGGUGAGGAGCCACCUGACCAGAGAUGGCACCGCUGCGAAGAGCAAAGAGGUGCUUUCCAGCACCAGCCUCAUCCUCCAGGAAUGGUUUCGCCUGUCCAGCCAAAAGGCCUCUCUGGCUGGAGAGGUGGCCGAGCACCUGAUGGCGUUUGCCGAAAUCUCGCCUGCGCUGCUGUCGCACGUCAUCAACCUCUCCGACGGCAAUGGCAACACCGCUCUUCACUACAGCGUCUCUCAUUCCAACUUUGACAUUGUCCAGCUUUUGCUGGACACAGGGAUCUGUAAUGUUAACUACCAGAACAAGGCUGGCUACACAGCUCUGAUGUUAACUGCACUAGCAACUGUAGAGCAGGAAGAGGAAAUGGCUGUUGUCCGGAGACUUUUCGGCAUGGGGAAUGUCAAUGCCAAAGCUAGCCAGGCCGGCCAGACGGCCCUGAUGCUUGCCGUCAGCCACGGGAGGCAGGAGAUGGUGGAGGCCCUGCUGUCUUGCGGGGCGGACAUCAACCUUCAAGAUGAGGAGGGGUCCACGGCACUCAUGUGCGCCUGCGAACACGGGCGGGCAGGCACCGUGAGGCUGCUGCUGACUCAGCCGGAUUGCGACGCUUCCAUCGUGGAUAACGAAGGAAACGACGCUGUUUCCAUCGCUCUAGAGGCUGGUCAUAGUGACAUAGCGGCGUCGAUAUCUACCCAUCUCGCCCAGUCAGCGGCCUGCUCACCUGGACAGGAACAAGAAGAUUCCCAGCAGUGACAUGCUACCUCUGGCGUAAUUCACUGACCAAAAAAAAACCAAACGAACACUGCCCUUCCCGUCACUUUUUUAAAACAGCCUUGCUUGGGGGCUGCCCAGCCUUUGUUUUCCACAUGGAGGAGGUCGCAGGAGUUAAGAAUCCACAGCUAUGGCUGCCAGGAGGAAUCUGCCACUCCCUUCUCCUGGGUGGGGCCCUAGUCCUCAGUGAGGUGGUCAACCUGUUUAAGCAUUACUGUACUUUAUAGACUGCGUGGUGGGAGCAGUUCGAUCCCUACUUCUUCUUCUUGUUGCCUGUUUUCUGUGAGGAAGGGGAUUUUUAUGUUGCUUCCUGCAAAAUAAUCGAUAUAUACCGUACGGGACCUGGCAUUGCCCGGGAAUGUGAAGAAACCCCAAAAUAUUGUGGUUUUUUUAGUGUAAUUUGUGAGUUGAACCUGCUACGCCAAAGCCACGUUUUGGUCCGCCACCUUGGUUUAAAAUGGCGUCUAAAUGCCGACAAAGGCUGCUCUCCCCAGCUCGCGAGGAGGCCGAAACUAUGCAAAAAAAAAAAAAAAACCCAGUUGAAGUGACGCCGAAGUCGGUCCACCCCCUUGAAUCAAAAUGGCACCCGGCAUUCAAAUAUUUGUCGACGGCCGCUGCUCAAACCUCAGGAUCUGUCAUGCCAAGGCUGGUGACAGUAUCUCAAGAGGCAGGGACCCUGAAGAGGACUGACAGACAACCAACUUUCCAAAAUAUGUAGGUGACUCAACUUCAAUUCCCCAACCUGGUGUCCUCUGGCUGUUGUUUGCCACCAUCAGCCUGGCCCAUGAUUAGGGAUGAUGGGAGUUGUAGAGUGCAAAACAUUGGAAGAGCACCCAGUUUCCGAAGGGCAAGCUAGCUUAAGAACCCUUCUUCCCAUCAUGCCUGUUUCUCAAAAGCAACAGAUUUUUAAGUGGUCGAAACAUCAGAUGCCCGAAAGCACAUUUUUUAUCCAGCAUACCUUCCUGCUUUUUGCAACAGACGGUUUCCUCUGUGAAGGAUGGAGGUUCUCUGAAUCAGAAGUGAUGGAUCUAAUCUUGUGAUGCUCCAGACUGCUGGUUUUUCUUUUUAAAGAGCCACUCCAAAGAUCCAGCACAUCGUUUCAUAUGCAAAGCUCCAUUAUUAUUUUUUAUGCCUUCAAAUGUUAUUCACCAGAAUAAAGAGCCACUAACCCACAGCAUUUGUCUUUUGAAAU